GGCGCCUAAAACACAACGAUUUCUCUUUCCUACGCAGCGGUCACGUGCGGUCUGAGGUAUUCCCAUCGUGCUUUUCGCUUGCUCUCUGCAACACCAGGCCACACUACUCAGUGCUCGCUGCCUGCACCACCAGCACAAACAAAAUAUAUAAAUAAAAACAAAGUUUUUCAAAUCACAACACAUAAUAAAAGAAAAAAAACAACCCAUUUAAAUCGCCUCUUACCCAAACAAAACCUCAAAAUCUCAAUCAAAGCCUCCCCAACUUUGCUUAAAUGGGUUCUUACUGAAACUUGCAGUCACAGCGCUUUCUCUCAGCCGUCUUUACUAUUUAUAAUUAAUACCCUUUACCAUUAUUAUUACCUUACACCAUGCACAAAAGAUGUGCCACUCUCAGAAACAAAAACUUACCCGCAGCCUCAGAUUCUUCUCCCUUGCUCAUUUUAUUUUAUUAAUAUUGAAUAUUGAAUGUAUUCUUUCCCCCUCCCACUCGUGCCCUGUACACAAUAAUGACUCUCUUUCUACCCUCAUUAUCACUCUUUUCAGUUACUUUUCCUUUUCUUCUUCAAUUCAACCCUUCCAUUCAAGUUUGGCUUUUUAAUUUAAAUUUACUAAUCUGUUUCGGGUGGUUUCCGGGUGUUUCUUAAUUAUCCCUUGUCAGAGGGCCUAUUUACUGCCCCUGCCACAGUCUUUUCGUAUGGUAUUCACACCUAACCUCAUUUGCCGCUUCUUCUUUGUCACUUACCAUUACUGUUACUUGUGCCCCCUUCCUUAGUGCAUCAACAAGGACUUCUGCUAUUACUGCCUGCUACCUCUGCCAUUUCUUGUUCUGUCCAUUUCACCUUCCUUUCUCUCUCUCUCUCUCUCUCUCUUCAAUGGCCACUACUCCCACCACCGUUCGUUCUUCUUCCGUCCCUUCUCUGCCUCCACCCUCUCCUAAGUCCCCGCCGGAGUACCCAGAUUUGUAUGGCAAGCGCCGUGAAACCGCCAGGGUUCACAUGCUCGAGAGGGAAAUCACUUUUCUCGAGGAAGAAUUAAAAUCUGUUGAGGGCCUUCAACCAGCUUCAAGAUGCUGCAAAGAGAUUGCUGAUUAUGUGAUGGCAAACGCAGAUCCCCUGUUACCUUCAACCAAGAAGAACCGCCGGUCAUGUCGCUUCUGGAAGUGGCUCUGUGGCAUGCCCUGUUUUAACCUCUCUUGGAUCUGCUGUUGUUGCUGCUGUGAAGGGUUAUCUUUACAACUAAAAUUGCCACGCUGCUGUUGUGACUGCAAACCAUGCAGUUGCAGUUGCAGUUGUCUUCCACCCAUCAAAUGCUGCUCCUUACCAAAGUGGAGCUGUUGUUGCUCUUGCCCCAAAUCAAAUUGCUGUAAAGAGGGUUGUGGUUUUGGAAAUUGUUGUACUUUCCCACGUAGUUGCAAUUUUGGGUGUCCAACUUGUCCAUCUUGCCCCUCUUGCUGCAGUUGCAAAUGCACCUGCACUUGCUCUUGCCCAAGCUGUCCGAAGGUAAGCCCAUGUUGCUGUUGUACAAAGUCAUGCUGGAGACCAUGUUGUUUUUGUUGCUAGUAUAUGCUUUCCAAAGGGAAAAGCAAAAAAAAUAAAAAAUAAAAGAAGCAAAAAAAAAUCCGAAGCUUUUGUUAUCAAAAUUGCAUUCAUAAUAGCUAGAGUAUAAAUUUUGGAAAUAGAAAGGUUAUAAAUGUUGUAAGUUAGAUUGUGCACUAUAUGGAUACUUGAAGCAAAUGUAGUAUUGUAAUUGUGGGUCAGAUAAGUUCGAUCCUUUGCUGUUGUCGAUCUCCAAUGUUAUGUUGCAAGUGAAAUGAAAGACGCAAUAGUAAGAAAAUAGCUAUUGAUUACGAUUGCAUGCUUU